UCUUAUUCUCUUCUUCUUCUUCUUAUUCCAUUGUUUUACCAGAAAAAAAAAAGACAGACUAAUUCAUUAAUGAGUAACUCCGAGGACAAAUCUUCUAUGGCGGAUUUGGUUCAACCUUCUGAGCAUUUCUGUUACGUCCAAUGCAACUUCUGUAACACUGUUCUUGCGGUUGGGAUUCCAUGCAGACAUUGGUUGGAUACGGUGACAGUGAAAUGUGGUCAUUGUAGUAAUCUCUCUUUUUUGAGCACAAGACCUCCUUUACAAGGCCAAUGCAUUGAUCAUCCUCUAACUUUUCAGUCUCAGGUUGGAUUCUCCAAUAAUGAUCAUAUUCGAAAGGGUGCUUCCACAUCUUCCACUUCCACUGCUUCUUCAAUAACAAAUGAUUCUCCAAAUUUUGUUGUCAAACCCCCUGAGAAGAAACAUAGACUCCCAUCUGCUUACAAUCGUUUCAUGAAAGAGGAAAUUCAACGUAUCAAAGCUGCAAACCCAGAAACACCUCAUCGAGAAGCAUUUAGUGCAGCAGCAAAAAACUGGGCAAGAUACAUUCCUAAUUCAGCUGGGUCGGUUUCUGGGACUCACAACAACAACGAAUGAAAGGGUUUAUUAGGACAGUGGAAGAUGGGACAAAUCAUAUGGCUGUCUAAUCUAGGGUUUGAUAAAGUUAAGAAUUGGCCAUGUCUAUGUCUUUCGUAUCUUUGUUUUUUCUCUUCAUGUUUUUUCUUUGUGUUAUCUUUUUGCUUUUUUCAUGGAUGAAUCUUUGUUGGUUGUAUCGAUUAAAAGCUAUAAGAUCGAGUUGUAUUUUCUUAUAUAUCAUAAUAUAAUUGUAAUUCACUCUCUCU